AACAAUUCUAGCAGCUAUAAAUGCAGAAAUAUUAUUAAUUUCGCAUCAGAUCCAAUUAGAAACUAUUAAAAAAAACAUUGCACUUAAAUUUCAUUAUGAAAAUUUAUAUAGUUUUAUUAUUAAUUGCACUUACAUCAGCUGCUGAAUGGAAGCUCAAAACUGACAAAGAUUGGGAUGAAAUUGAAGACACAUGUUUGGAACGACACAAAAAUUUAGCCGAAAUGAGAGGAAAUUCUAAAUCUAAAGACCUAACUAAACCAGAAUUUGAGCUAGUUCUUUGUGUAUUUCGUGAAGGAGAAGUUUGGAGUGAUUCGAAAGGAUUUUCAACUGAUAGACUAAUGAUGGUUAUGGAUAAUGUUGCCACUAGGGAUAAUAUUAAUAAAAAAUUCUUACGUGAUAGUCUUGAGAAUUGUGCUGAUGAUAAUAGUGAAGGAAGUUCACCAUUAGAUUGGGGAUAUCGUUAUUAUAAAUGUUUCAAGGAUAAUGAAGUGUUAUAUGAAACUAUGAGGAAAGCCAGAUUUACACAACCGGAUGAAGUCGGAAAACAAUAGUUUUGAACUGGAUUUUGUGUGAUAAAUUUAUAUUAUGAUUGAAAAAUUUUUGUUUUUAGUUAAAUUCUUUACAUUUUUUUGUUGUUAAAUAAUUUUUGGUAAAUGUUUUUAUAUAUUAAACGGUGUUACUCAAAUUUGUUGUAAUAACGUCUUAUAAAUCUAUGAACCAUGGCAGAAUCCACGAAAACGUGACGCCAUUUUCUUCCGUUUCACCUGAAAAUUUUAGCAGUGCGGCAAAAAUUUCAAUUAAAAAUUUUCUAUAGCUUAUUUGAAAUAUAAUCACCUAAAGUUGAAUAAAAAUAAAGCAUUUUAAAAAAUUCUAUCAUUUAA